AUGCUGGAUGCCCUUGCUACUAUUGGUCCAUGGUACAAAGCUCCUUCAUAUUAUAAUUGUAGGACCAAUUUGUUGAAGGAUUUAGUUCAAGAGGUGCAAAUGUCAGUUGAUAAACUUUGUAAGGAUUGGGCUACAUAUGGUUGCACUAUAAUUGCUAAUAGUUGGACAGAUACACGUAGCCAAACAUUGAUUAAUUUUUUAGUGUAUUGUCCUACAGGAACUGCAUUUGUGAAGUCUGCAGAUGCUUCUAAAACAGUCAAGAGUGAAGAGAAUUUAUUUCUUUUGUUUAAGGAAGUUAUUAAUUGGGUAAAAGCAGAAAAUGUUGUUCAGGUGGUCACUAACAAUGCUACAAAUUAUGUAGCUGCAGGAAGAUUGUUGGAAGCAGAAUUUCCAUGGAUAUAUUGGUCACCUUGUGCAACACAUUGUCUAAACUUGAUGUUAAAGGAAAUUGGGGAAAUGGAUUAUGUUGCAAAUGUGGUUCAACGUGCAUCUAGAAUUACCAAAUUUAUCUACAAUCAUAUUUUUGUACUCUCAAUGCUAAGGAAGAGACCUGGUUGGACUGAGAUAGUACGUCCUGGAGCCACUCGUUUUGCAACUAAUUUCAUUGCAUUAGAUAGCAUUUUGAAGCACAUGCAUGAUUUGCAAAAUUUGGUGACAGAUUGGAGUUUUAUUGAUUCUAGUGCAUUGAGACUUGCAGAUUCUGAGUUUAGGCCUGCAAUGGGGUAUAUGUAUCAUGCAAUGUUGAAGGCAAAAGAAUCACAUAAAAAGUUUUUUAAUUAUAAGAAAGCUGAAUAUGGCCCAAUCAUGGACAUUAUUGAUAGAAGAUGGAAUAGACAAAAUGGGAGAAAAACUGAAAGUCUCGACCCAAUUGGGCAUGAACAUGUUGAUGUUGUGGAAGAUUCGAUAGUGCACGAUGAUAAGGAUCCUCCAUUACUUGAUGGUAAUGAUAAUGAUGAUAUGUUUAAAGCUGAUGAGACAACAUUUCCAAUAAUGGAAUCACCAUCAAGAAAAAGAGAUAGGAUUGAUGAUGAUGAAUUUUUCAUUGAGCAAUGGGGAAUCAUGGAGGAAAAUGCAACCAAUACCCAAGUUGGAGAUGUAGAUGAAACACAACAUCCCAAAGAUGAAGAUGAUGGUGAAAUACCACCUGGCUUUGGUUGGUAG